UCCCUCACAAAAAUAUCUCACCUUUCUGUCGCUAUGUACGGACACAGUGUAUAAUGUAUAAUGUGUAGUAUUAAAUCAAAAUAUCUUCUGUUUCAUACAAAAAGCUCUCUCUCUCUUAGUCGUUGUCCAAGUCUAGAGAGAGAAACAGAGAAACAGAAAAGGAAACUCUAAUCUUAGAGAGACAGAGUAGAAUGGGAAGGAGCUCAAUGGGGGCUUUAGUGCCCACCGUGAAAGGCGAACCCUUACCGGAACCCCCUACCGAAAUGCCACCGCCGAUGUUGCCGCGUCCGGCGGAGGAGAUGGAGGAGGAUGUGGACAUGGAAGAUGCGGACAAGGACAUACUCUGCCCUAUCUGCAUGCAGAUCAUAAAAGACGCAUUCCUCACCGCUUGUGGCCAUAGCUUUUGUUAUAUGUGCCUCGUAACUCACCUACGCCAUAAGAGCGAUUGUCCUUCUUGCGGUCAUUUCCUCACAACAAAGCAAAUUUUCCCUAAUUUCUUGGUGGACAAGUGUCUGAAGAAGACUUCGGCUUCUCGAUUGAGUAAGACGGCAUCUCCAUUUGAACAUUUUCAUCACGCAUUACAACAGGGUCUUGAGGUGUCAAUUAAAGACCUAGAUGGCCUUAUUUCUCUCCUUACGGAUAAGAAGAAUAAAAUUGAGCAAGAAGAAGCUGAGACUAACAUGCAUAUUAUGCUCAGUUUCUUACAUUGCUUGAGGAAACAAAAGCUUGAACAACUCAAUCAGAUACACUCUGAUCUCCAUUACAUUAAGGAGGACAUAUAUGCUGUAGAGAGGCGUAGAGUUGAUCUCUACAGGGAAAAAGAGAGAUUCUCUGGAAAAAUGAGAAUGCUUAUGGACGAAACUAUUUCAGAAAAAGCAUCCUCGUCCUUAAUUGACAAGCACGGGAAUGGCCCCAAUUCUGCUCAAGCCCUUACUGGUUCAGGUAAGUCACACAGGAAAACAUCUAACGUAAAUGUUGAAGCAAACUGCCAUGGACUCUACCGGAAGGAUGCUCAAAAUGAAGCUGGCUUGCAGCCUGCUACUGCAACAGGACUGGCUCUAGAGAGAAAAAGGCACAUCUAUUCACAGUUUGAUAGCUUACAAGAAUGUUACUUGCAAAAACGACGAAAUUUGAUUGAACACUCACCUAAAGUGGAAGAACAGAACCCGAAUCUGAUGAGGAAGGAAGGUUAUAGUGCAGGCCUUGAAGAUUUUCAAUCUGUUCUGUCUACUUUUACACGAUACAGUCGAUUGAGAGUCAUUGCGGAAUUAAGGCAUGGUGAUCUUUUCCACGCUGCUAAUAUUGUGUCCAGUAUAGAAUUUAAUCAAGAUGAUGAAUUAUUUGCCACAGCUGGAGUUUCACGGCGCAUCAAAGUUUUUGAAUUUUCCUCGGUGGUUAAUGAACCAAAUGAUAUCCAUUAUCCUAUUGUUGAUAUGCCCACGCGAUGUAAGCUUAUUUGCUUGAGCUGGAAUAAGCACACAAAAAACCAGAUUGCAAGCAGUGACUACGAAGGAAUUGUAACAGUUUGGGAUGUAACUACUGGCCAGAGUGUGAUGGAGUAUGAGGAGCAUGAAAAGCGAGCUUGGAGUGUAGAUUUUUCACUUUCUGAACCCUCAAUGCUUGUAUCCGGCGGUGAUGACUGUAAGGUGAAAGUUUGGUGCACUAAUAAAGAAUCAAGUGUUCUUAACAUUGACAUGAAAGCAAAAAUUUGUUCUGUCAAGUAUAAUCCUGGAUCCAGCUUCCACGUAGCUGUGGGUUGUGCGGAUCAUCAAACACACUACUACGACUUGAGAAAUACAAGCCAGCCAUUACACGUCUUUAGUGGACACACGAAGGCUGUUUCAUAUGUAAAAUUCUUGUCUAACAACGAACUUGCUUCAGCAUCAACUGACAGCACAUUGCGCUUGUGGGAUGUCAAGAACAAUUUACCACUUCGCACUUAUAGAGGCCACACAAACGAAAAGAAUUUCGUUGGUUUAACCGUGAACAGAGAAUACCUAGCUUGUGGCAGCGAGACAAAUGAAAUCUUCAUUUAUCACAAGGCGAUAUCUAAACCCAUGGCUAGUCACAAAUUCACUUCUUCGGAGUCAAAUGACAAUGAAGAUGUUGCAGGGUCAUAUUUUAUUAGUGCCGUCUGUUGGAAAAGCGAUAGCCCCACAUUGUUAACAGCAACUAGUGGAGGAGCAAUUAAAGUAUUAGUGCUUUCUCCCUGAAUAAACAGAACUAAACUCUUAUAAAGUUAUCUCAUGACAUUGCCGAUUGCCUUUUGGUGAUUGAUAAAUAAAUAAGAAAGAGAAGAAGAACGGGGUUUUGUGUUUGUUUAA